GACUAUACCUUGAGCUCGAACUACGAUCUACACCUGAACCUCAACCUCGACUACGACUAUACUUGAGCUACGACUACACUUCAACGCGAACUACUACUACACUUCGAACUCCUACUACACCUCCACCUCGAACCAUCACCACCACAACCAACCACCCCCAAGAAUGCACCCCCUCACCCCUCUCCUCCUCGCCCUCCUCCCCCAAACCGCCCACACCACCCCAAACCCCCCCUCAACCCCCCUCUCCAAAAUCAAAACCCUCACCCUCCACGCCGACCGCCUCACCACCCACCGCCGCCUCCCACCCAUCCCCCAACUCACCUGCACCGGCGGCAGCGCCCAGCACCUCUACACCAUCGACACCCUCCGCUGCACAAACUCCGGCACCGCAUACGACGACGCCACAGACAUCCAAUGGACCUGCACCGCCUCACUCCCGCCAGAGUUCAAACUGGGUAGUACCGAGGUGACGUGUGAGGGAUUCGAGGGGCCGGAGGAUGAGAAUGUGUUGAGGGGGAGCUGUGCGGUUGGGUAUCGGCUUUUGCUUACGGAGAAGGGGGAGGAGAGGUAUGGGAAUGGUGGUGGGAAGGAUGGAAAGGGUGGUGGUGAGGAUAGGGCUGGGCAGGGAGGAGAAGGAGGGGGAGGUGCGUUUGUGGUCUUGUUCUGGGUUUUGUUUGUUGGGGUGCUGGUUUGGAUGGUGUAUAGCGCUUGCGUGAAUUGGGGGGAGGGACAGCGGCUUGGUGGUGCGCCUCUACCGGACUAUAAUGGCUACGGUGGUGGUGGUGGCGGAGAUGGAGAUGAUAACGACGAUCCCCCGCCGCCGCCGUAUACAUCCUCCCCUCCUCAACCGCCUCGCUGGAAUGCGAAGAAUGGAAACAACGGCGGCAGUAAUAGUAACAGCGGCUGGAAACCGGGGUUCUGGACCGGGGCUCUGGGUGGUGCGGCGGCGGGGUACGCGGUUGGUAACGCGAGGGGGAGUAGCAGUAGUCGGCGGGGCGGGAGUGGGAAUAGUCCGUGGAAUGAUAACGGAGAGGGGAGUAGUUAUAAUAACGGAUAUGGAAGUGGUGGAUAUGGAAGUGGAAGUGGGAGUGGGAGUGGGAGUGGAUAUGGAAGUGGGAGUGGGAGUAGUGGCAGUGGAAGUGGAAGUGCGCAUUCAUCGACGAGAUAUCAGAGUACGGGGUUUGGCGGGACGUCGAGGCGGUAGACUGACUGACGGACUGACUGGCUGACUGACUGACUGACUGACUGGUUUCGUUGAUUGGUUUGGCUGGGUGGUGGUGGACGCCAUGCCAUGCCA